AUGGGCGAUAGAAGGCACGAUGGCGCAUCCAUUCAGGCGCAAACUAGCGGCAGAGAUCAAGACAUUGGCGCCACGGAGCGCAGCACACCCCGACACUCGUCGCAGCUGAGCCGGCCUCACAACGUUGAUGAAGGCGACGAUGACGACGACUUUGGCACAUGGUCCGACUUUGACGCCGCCGCCGCCGAUGAUGACGACGCCGGCCACGUCCCGGAGCACGGUCGCCUGCUGGAUCCCGACCACGCCGCCGAGGCGUUUGAGCUCGGCGAGCGCGUGUCGUCGUCGUCCCUCGACAGCGGCGGCGGCGGCGGCGGCGCCUCCGGCUUCAAGGACCCCGAGGCCGAAGACUCGCCGUACGCCGAAGUCCGCGCCGCCGUGCGCAACUACGACGAGGACGUCCCCGCCAACACGGUCCGCGCGUGGACCAUUGGCCUCACCCUCACCGUCAUUGGCGCGUCCAUGAACACGCUCUUUUCGCUGCGUCAGCCCUCCAUCUCCAUCGGCCCGCUGGUCGCCCAGAUUGUCGCGUACCCCCUCGGCCACGCCUGGGCCCGGCUGAUGCCCGCGCGCGAGUUCCGUACCUGCGGCUUGCGCUGGAGCCUGAACCCGGGACCGUUCAACAUCAAGGAGCACGCCGUCAUUACCGUCAUGGCCAGCGUGUCGUUUAGCGUGGCGUACUCGACCGACGUGAUCCUCGCGCAGCUCGUCUUUUACAAGCAGGACUUUGGUAUCCUGUUCCAGCUGCUGCUGACCAUUUCGACGCAGUCGUUGGGGUACGGCAUAGCCGGCGUCAUGCGCAAAUUCUUGGUAUACCCCGCGUCCAUGAUUUGGCCGGAGAAUCUCGUCAGCGUCACUCUGCUCAAUGCCAUGUACGAGCAAAGCAGCGCGCCAGAUCACAAAAUUCUCGGAGGCUCCAUGCCCAGACUAAGGUGGUUCGCUCUCGUAUCUGUCGCCUCCUUCUUCUACUUCUUCAUCCCCGGCUUCUUUGCCCGCUUCCUCAGCGUCUUUGCGUUUCCCACGUGGCUUGCGCCGGACAAUGCCGUUGUGAACCAGCUCUUUGGCGGCGUGACUGGCCUGUCCCUGUUGCCCAUUACCUUUGACUGGACUCAAGUUGCCGGCUUCAUUGGCUCGCCCCUCAUUCCACCUUGGCACGCAAUCGCCAACACGCUCCUCGGCGUCGUCCUCUUCUUCAUCUUCCUUUCCUCUGUGUUGCACUACACCGGCGCCUGGUACUCGUUUUACCUGCCCAUGAGCGACGCCGGCACCUACGACAACCGCGGCAAAGCGUACAACACGACAAAGAUUCUCACGCCGCAAUUCACCCUCGAUGUGCAGGCCUACAAGGACUACUCGCCUCUCUUCAUCAGCACCACCUUUGCCGUGGCCUAUGGCUUGUCAUUUGCGUCCAUCUCGGCGCUGCUUGUACACACCUGGAUCCACAGCCGCAAGACCAUCUGGAAGCAAUACCGCAAUAGUACAACCGAAAAGCCGGAUAUCCACAUGAAGCUGAUGCGUAAAUAUCCCGAGGCGCCAGACUGGUGGUACUUGUCCCUGUUUUUACUCAUGCUCGCCCUCGGUCUUUACACGGUUGUCGCAUAUCCCACAAACUUUGCCUGGUGGGCUUUUCUCUUGGCCAUUUUUGUUUCUUAUGCAUUUUCUUUGCCGAUUGGCAUCAUCCAGGCCAUUACCAAUACACAAAUCGGCCUCAAUGUCUUGACCGAGUUUAUUUACGGCUACAUCCAGCCCGGCCGUCCUCUUGGUCUAAUGCUCUUCAAGACAUUUGGCUACAUUACGAUGCAAUCUCUCGGAUUCAUUGCCGAUCUCAAAUUCGGUCAUUACAUGAAGGUGCCUCCGCGCACCAUGUUCAUGGCCCAGGUUGUCGCCACCACCGUAUCCUGCUUUGUUCAAAUUACCGUCCUCAAUCUUGCUCUCGUCAGCAUUGACAAUGUCUGCGACAUUCGCCAGCGCGACCGCUUCACAUGUCCCGGCGGACGAGUCUUCUUCUCCGCUUCCAUCAUUUGGGGCCUUAUUGGCCCUGCGCGCAUGUUCUCGCCCGGGCGCAUCUACUCGGGCCUCUUUUCCUUCUUCGUCCUCGGCGCCCUCUCGCCCGUCGCCAUCUACCUCUGGACCAGGCGCUGGCCGCGCUCGCCCGCGCAGUACCUGAUGGCGCCCGUCAUCUUUGGCGGCGCCGGCAGCAUCCCGCCCGCCACGCCGCUAAACUACUUUUCCUGGGGCGUCGUCGGCUUCGUCUUCCAGUGCUGGAUCAAGCGGCGCCACUUUGCCUGGUGGUCGCGCCUCAACUUUCUCACCUCGUGCGGCCUGGACCUCGGCCUGGCCUUUGGCACGCUCGUGCUCUUCUUUGCCUUUACGCUGCGCAACGUCGAGGCGCCGCAGUGGUGGGGCAAUUCGAUUGUCGAGAAGACGAUGGAUUUCCGGGGGACGGCGAUUCAGGUCGUCCUGCCAGAGGGGCAGACCUUUGGUCCUCCAACCUGGUGA